AUACACCAUGCGUGGUAUAAAAUUACUCUCAAGCCCAUUUUCAGCGAUACACAACUAGACACAAGAGGUCUAUUUUCAUCUGAUCUCACAAUGGCUACCGCACCGACACCAAACCACGGGGCAUCGGUCCCAGAUACCGUGGCUUUGGCGGAUACUGAGUCGCAGUCAACUUGGUUCGAGAAGCGACAAAUCAACCCGACAGACCGCAUUCAUCUGCAACGGCUAAGUCAUAUGCGAUAUCAACACCCGUCUCUAGAUGAGAUCGAGCGUUUCAUGCUGGAUUUUGGAAUGCAGAUUGCGAAGAAAACAGAAGAGGAGAUCUGGUUCAAAGGCUAUGGGCCUGAUCCGUACGUCUAUUAUGCGCGCAAGGGGCCUAAGAAGUUUCUGGGUGGCGCUUUGGUAGCGCAGAGCCAGGAGGACUUUCUCAAGGCCUCGAAACUCCCGAGUGCGGGUCCAGUCCAAGAUCUAGCCGGCGCGCCUGGUGGAGGUUCCAUCGUGACCAUAACUGAUCCGGAGGGAUUCCCUUUUAAUAUUGUCUAUGGACAACAAGCACCCGCGACCGAGACAAAAUACCCCGAACAUAUUAUCUUGAAUUACCCAGACGAGAAAUCUCGUUGUCGAAAAUUCAACCGGUUCGACCCUGGGCCUGCUGCUGUUCAUAAGCUGGGCCACUUCGGACUCUGCACACAGCAGUUUGACACAUUGCUGAGUUUCUACACUUCAACCUUCAACAUCGUCCCGACAGACCUGCUGUAUGUUGAGAAAGACAACAAAAGACAGAUUGUCACCAUGUUCGCCCACCUUGACCUAGGAGAAGCUAUGUCGGAUCACCAUUCAUUCUUCCUGAGCGCUAAUCCUCAAGGAUCCCAUGUCCAUCACUGUUCCUUUGAGGUACACGACUAUGACACGCAACACCUGGGCCAUCAGUGGCUUGCCCAGAAGGGUUACAAGUCAGUCUGGGGAAUUGGUCGCCACGUUCUGGGAUCUCAGAUUUUUGACUACUGGUGGGAUACCACUGGAAAUAUGGUUGAGCAUUACGCCGAUGGAGAUCAGGUAAACAAACAUACGCCGGUUGGAUAUGUACAGGCUGGGGAAGAGUCAUUGGCUGUUUGGGGCCCUGAUGUUCCUUCUUCAUUCCUGGCGUAA